CAGGGCUGGGCUGGGAGGGACUCCCAGCACUAUGUUUUCAGGCCAUCACAUGAUGCUCUCUUUCAGGCUGUCUAGACUAAACUGUGGCUGUGCAUGGGCAGUGCUGAUGCCUGAAUUUGCAGCCCACGGAAGAAAUGUCCAUCCCUGGUGAAUUGCUCAAUAUGCAGGACAAAAAAGAUGCCAAGUUCCUGUGCUCAUUCCUUCCGGCAGAGCAAGGAGGGGGCAAAGCAAGCUGCUCUUGGGCAAGAGCCCUUUUCACUUUUCUCCAGACUCCUCUCCUGUCUCCUCUGCACAGCUGACAUGGAGAAGCUCGUGCACCUCAUCUUCUUGGUCUUCUUACCAGGAGCCUGUGCAGCAGAGAACAUCACGGUGGUGUAUGGAAUGGAAGGGGACACCAUUUCUGUCAACUGCACCUAUAACCCCUGGCAGCAGCGAUGGAGAGAAAAGAGUUGGUGCAAGCAGAUCCAUGAGACCAAGUGCCAACACGUGGUGAGUGCCCGACGCUUCUGGCUGCCUUUCCUAAAGAACAGGAACGGCACCACCUCUAUCAGCGACAACGUCCGUGAAGGGGUCCUGACAGUCACCAUAAAGGGACUCAAGAAGCAGGAUGCUGGGUUGUACCAGUGCAAAAGUGACUACCUGGGGGAAACAAACAGCUUAAGGAAGGUGCAAGUGGAAGUGCUGACAGCUGUCCUGGAGACCCAAAUGCCAGAGGAGCCCAGGGCUGUGCAUAGCAUCUCCAGCAUCCCUCCUGAAGCUGAUUUCACUGUCCUCUAUAUCCUUGCUGGAUUACUGGUUUCUAAAUUCCUGGUGGCUGUGCUGAUCUUUAUCAUUGGCAACAGCAGGAAGAGCAGAGGAAGAGAGUGGACAAACCCAAGGCUGAGUGAGCAGCAGGUCCUCCCUUUCGCUGGUGAUGGAAUCAGCCCCUCCUGGGAGAGCACUGCUUAGAGCCACACCAAAGGGAGGUCACAGGGAAAUGACCAUCAGACAUUUGCAGGCAAAGCUUUGCCACCUGCUGUAAGAAAAGCAUCGCCUAUUAAACAUAGGCACCGCUGAACCUGUCGCUCUGGAGAGGGAAUGUCACCAUCUGCCACCUCUUCUUCUUAGCGAUGACCAACUUUUCCCAGCACAGCUGAACUGAAAAGAUGCUGCCAGUAGCACCCGAACCUAAAGGAAGAGGAUGGGAUCAAGGGCUGGGGGAAAAGAGGAACAUGAAAUCUUUCUGUCAAGAGAUCCAACACAGGCUUAUCUGUGUGCAGAGAUGCUUCCCCAGGCACAUGGAGGGUGAGCAGCUCUGCUCAGUUUUCCCCCAGCUCAUUGCUAGGCCAGAAAAAAAACGCUCUGUACAGCUGGUAAAUGUACGUGCUUUGUUAGAAAUAAAACUACAGAUACACCAGCAACAAAACCAGAAGUUUAGGUAACACAUCUCAACCACAACGUGUUGAGCAACUCACACACACAUCCUCAUAAUGUAAAAAUGGAAAGACAUGGUUCUGUCUCAGAUCUUCUAGAAACUUUUCCUGAUUCAUGGAAAUCAGUGAUAAAGAACUGAUCCAGGUUUCCCAUUUGAUCUCUAGUGAUCACACUCCUCAGACUGGGGCUGGUUAUUUCCUUGUCUUCAGCUUUUUUCAAGGUGUCCUACAUGUCUCCACAAAACACUCAAAUGCUUCCCCCAAAAGCAUGAAAUACAGCCAGAACGACAUGGUUUCUAUUGAAAGCUAGGAGUAUAAUUUGUCUAAAAAUCAGCUUUUUAACCGAGAUUCCACUCUCUAAAGCCUUUGGCAAUGCAGUGCUCUGCUGUCCUCUCCAGCCGCUGCCAGCAGCAGCACCAUCAGGCAAGGCAGUUAUUC